CCUCUUGACUCAGUAGCAUCCACUACACCAUGAGUCUAUCAAUUGUAACGCUCAUUCCUGGAGACGGUAAGACGUAUCCUAAACCAGGCGACACCGUCAGCAUUCACUACAUUGGCACGUUGACGGACGGAUCCAAAUUCGACUCGAGUCAUGAUCGCGGACAUCCGUUCAGGGUGAAGAUCGGGGUAGGCGUGGUCAUUGCCGGUUGGGAUGAAGGUGUUCCGAAGAUGUCACUAGGAGAAAAGGCUCUCCUCACUGCUCCCCCCGAAUUUGCGUACGGGCCAGCAGGCGUGCCGCCAAUAAUACCACCAAAUGCAACGCUGAAGUUUGAAAUGGAGUUGUUGAAGAUCGAGCCUGCGUGAUCGUCUAAUGGGUUUAUAUGGUGGUUGGAAUAUUGAAGGCAUUAUCUCCUGUGUUGUUUGUACUACUCGCAUUUCUCGUGGCUGCUUUGAUACAUUUGUUUUUUGUUCCGAACGCUGUGACAAUCUAGAACCAUUGAUAAUCGUACGCAAGUGUCAGCAAGCAGCA